CCGACUAUCGCUGUUGCUGAACUAAGCAAGCCGAUUUCCCCUCUAUCAAUCUGAUCCCUCCCCGAUCGACGUCCUUUGUAAAUGUGACCUUCCGUCUCACUAUUCUCUGGUGAACUAUAGCCCAUACUCCAUUAUUGUCGUGGCGAUUUCAAGCGACACUAAUGACUACAUCCGUCUCGCUAUCCCCGUCAUAAGACUCCCAUAGCAACUCGGUAUCAUCGCUUAUCACUCAAACGUCAAAAAGGGUUCCGCUCCCAAACACACAGGAAACCAUGAGCAGCAGCCCGAUAAGACAACCGCCCGAGGGGGGUAAUGGAAGCGAUGCCGCGUUUGAGAGCUCACAUGAAGGUGCGCCCGGGAAUGUGGGAAGUGGUGAAUAUGAUGCAGAGCACCACGAACAUGGGGAACCGGACGACGCCGGAUACUUGUACCACCCGGCGCAAGAACAUGCAGACUCAGCCGAGGGCGAACACGAUGAUGAAGACGAUGAUUAUGACAACGAGGAUGAGCACGAUGACGAAGACGAUGAAGAUGACGAAGACUAUUUCGAUGGGAGUGGUGGUCUUGAGUUUGAGUUGGUUAUUGACGAACUAGCACCGGGCGCCCAUGAUGAUGGAGAGGACGACGAUGAUGAUCUCAAUGGCGCUGGAAAUGCACUCGAGAGGAGGAUUCUUCAGAUAAUACGUGGAGGCGGCGGUCGUGCUCACCUAGGUUCACAACAACUGUUGGCGCUUAUCCAAGGUCAUCAUAUGGGUGACAUUGACGACGAUGACAGCUACUGGGAACCGCCCAGACGGAUGAGACCGGGCUAUGUUCCCGCCUUUCCCAAAGUACCCAGUGAGCAAGGUCAGAAGCUCAUGGAAUCCGGUGUUUUCGGCGCCUUUGAUCUCAGGGAGCCAGAUAGCAAGAAGAAAAGACUUACUCGGCGGUUACUGGAUCGGGAGUUGGGCCUGGGGGAUAAGACAGCGCAAAAAACCAACCUGGCUCUUAUGGCUCAACAAAUGAUUCCCUCAUCGAAGCCCGAGAUGGUCAUCCAUUACGAUGAUCCCGUGUGCUGCGGCCAGUUCUCCGAUGAUGGCAACUUCUUUUACGCCUGUGUCAAGGACUUCAAAGUACGCAUGUACGACACUUCUAACCCGUACAACUGGAAGCACUACAAGACAGUUCGAUACCCCUUUGGUCAAUGGACUCUUACAGAUGCGGACCUAAGUCCUGACAACAAGUGGCUUGCAUAUACAUCCCUGACAAGCCAAGUUUGCUUCGCCCCCACGGAUCCCAAUGACACAGGUGACCCCUAUACGCUUGAUCUUGCCGGUGGAAUGGUACGUCAAGGCUGGAGGGAUGCCUUUCCCAUCUUCUCCAUCCGCUUUUCGGGCGACGGACGGACCCUUGUGGCGGGCACAGGUGCCGAUUCCAUAGUUGUCUACGACAUAGAGCGCCGAGAGCCUCUUUACAACGUGGAGGGCCACGAUAACGAUGUAAACGCCGUUUGCUUUGCCGACAAGCAAUCCCCACACAUUCUCUACUCCGGGUCGGACGACUGCACCAUCAAAGUAUGGGACACCCGCAGCAUGUCCUCCCGUCGUGAGGCGGGUGCAUUCGUCGGCCACAUGGAAGGCCUCACAUACAUCGACAGCAAAGGUGACGGGCGCUACAUCCUCAGCAAUGGCAAAGAUCAAUCCAUGAAGCUAUGGGAUCUCCGCAAGGCCAUGUCCACAGCCCGCGUGGAAGAGCUUGACGCGACCAGACCUACCGCCAGACGCCGGUAUCAGUUCGAUUACCGUUUUGCAGAGUAUCACGACUACAUGUGGCAGCCGCACCCGCACGAUAACUCGCUGGUCACGUUCAGGGGACACAAAGUGCAGAGAACACUGAUCCGGUGCCACUUCUCGCCUCCUGGUAGCACCAACUCGCGCUAUGUCUACUCGGGGUCCUACGAUGGGUUCGUGUAUGUCUGGAACCUGGACGCAACCAUUGCGGCGAAGAUCGAUGUUAAGAGCGUCACCGAGGGUCUCAGAAUUCCUGGAUACUCGCCAGCAACGACGAGGAGAGAGUGGAUGACGCUUGUUAGGGAUGUGGGUUGGCAUCCUAAUGCGCCGCUGCUUGUUGCGUCGUCAUGGAACGGACCUACGAUGAAUGCUGGAACGGCGACCUUGCAUUCUUACAACGAGAGCGAUUCUGACGAGGCCGAGCCGGGAAUGGGCUUGUCGGUUAACGAAAAGAUACAACCGGACGAGGGCUUGUUCAACUGGCGUGGGUUGCGAGGGUUUGUGGAUGAUGAUGAUGAUGACGAUGACUUCUUCUGAUUGGGGAUGCGGUAGUGCUCCACAUGAUGUUUCGCUGGUUAGCUUUGGAAGCAAUCCGUACCCCCGACGGAAAUAUGCCUUGAAUUGAGAGGAGCACUUCCCACCGGUAUUCUCGGUUUCCAUAGCUGGGUUUGAUGAUGGAGUGGUACUCGAGGGAUGGGUAACAUUGUGUACAACGUCUAGCCUUCUGAUCCGAGAUGUAAUUAAUCAAAGAGUACACGACGGCCAGGAUGUUAAGGAAACUCCAGACAGUCUAUACAGACAAACGAGCGUAAUCAUCGU